UGUUGUGAAAAAUGUAAUAUUUUAAAUUGUAUAUAACUGCCUUAAUGUUGCUGGACCCCAGGAAGAGUAAUGGGGAUCCUUAACAAAUAAAUACAAAUACCUAACAAAACAAUACACGCAAAUUCCCCAAAAUAAAAAAAAUAAGAAAUAUAGAAUUGUUAGAGCGAGCAAUGUCAAGGAUCCGGAAUAUAAAUGUUAUGAUGGUGUAUAUUGACAUUAUGGACAGCAUAUGAAUAGAAAAGGUGUGUACAGCAGAAGUUUUAUAGGAUGAGCCUUGACUAGAAUACAGUAUAUACAUAUGAAGUGGGUAAAACGGUAUGUAAACAUUAUUCAUGUGACCAGUGUUUGAUGAUUAUGUACUUAAGGCAGCAGUCUCUGUACAUAGGGUUGAGUACCGGGUGGUAGCUGUAUAGUAAUAGUGACUAAAGUUCAGAGAGGGGUACUGGGCGGAGGGUGGCUAGUGGUGAAUAUUUAACAGUCUGAUGGCCUGGAGGUGGAAGCUGUUUUUCAGUCUCUCGGUCCCAGCUUUGAUGCACCUGUAUUGUCUCCGCCCUCUAGACGGUAGCAGGGUGAACAGGCCAUGGCUCGGGUGGCUGAAGGCCUUGAUAAUCUUGUUGUCUGUGUGGAUGGACCAUUUCAGGUUGUCUGUGAUGUGCAAGCUGAGGAACUUUUAAGCUUUUCACCCUUGCCACUGCGGGCCCGUCUGUGGAUGGGGGUAUGCUCCCUCUGCUGUCUCCUGAAGUUCACGAUCAGCCCGUUCCUUUGAUGACAUUGAGCGAGGGGUUAUUUUCCUGGCACCACUCCUCACUGUCUCCCUGUAGGCGUUGCUGUUGGUCUCGUGGUCUCGUUGCUGUUGGUAAUCAGGCCUACCACCCAGGGCCCCUAGCUUAGUGAUGAGCUUGGAGGGCACUAUGCUGUCACCUGCAAACCUAAUGAUUGAGUUGGAGACGUGCAUGGCCAUGCAGUCAUGGGUGAACAGGGAGUAUAGGAUGGGGCUGAGCACACACCCUUGUGGGGCCCCCAUGUUGAGGAUCAGCGUAGCAAACGUGUUGUUGCCUACCUUCACCACCUGGGGUCGGCCCGUCAGGAAGUCCAGGACCCAGUUGCACAUGGCGGGUUUCAGAACCCGGCCCCCUAGCUUAAUGAUGAGUUUAGAGGGUACUAUGAUGUUGAAUGCUGAGCUGUAGUCGAUGAACAGCAUUCUUACAUAGGUAUCCCUCUUGUCCAGAUGGGAUAGGGAAGUGUGCAGUGCGAUGGUCCGUCAUCCGUGGAUCUGUUAGAGCGCUAUUCAAGUUGUAGUGGUUCUAGGGCACGUGCCAAACUCAUUCCAUAGAGGGCCGAGUGUCUGCGGGUUUUCGCUUGUCCCUUGGACUUGAUUGAUGAAUUAAGGUCACUAAUUAGUUAAGAACUCCCUCUAAGGCGUUACCCCUCACAUGGUUGUCUAGGUCUUAAUUGAAAGGGAAAACCAAAAACGUGCAGACACUAGGCCCUCCAUAGAAUGAGUUUAAUUAACAUCCCUGGUCAAGGGUGUCGGGUAAGGUGGAGGUGAUAUGACCUUAACUAGCCUCUCAAAGCACUUCAUGUUGUUGGAAGUGAGUGCUUACGGGGCGAUAGUCAGUUACCUUCGCUUUUUUGGGUACAGGAACAAUGGCGGACAUCUUGAAGCAAGUGGGGAAAACCAACUGGGAUAGGGCAAGAUUGAAAAUGUCCGUAAACACUCCAGCUUGCUGGUCUGCACAUGCUCUGAGGACGCGGCUACGGAUGCUGUCUAGGCCGGCAGCCUUGCAAGGGUUAACAGGCUUAAAUGUCUUGUCAGCCACAGAGAACGAGAGCUCAGUCCUCGUGAGUGGCGGUGGCCCGCAACGGCGGCACUGUUUUCCUCGAAGCGUGUCCACGACGUGGUUUUCCCCUUUUUAUAAUCUGUGAUUGUCUGGAGUCCUUGCGUCUUGUGACUGAGCCGUUGAAUGGCGACUCCACUUUGUCUCUGUACUUAACGUUUUGCCGGUUUGAUUGCCUUACGAAGGGCAUAUUGCUUCCAUCUAACAGAUCUGCAAACAUCGAAGGGAUAGGAAGUGGAUUGGGAUCGGCUGAAAGCCAACAUGUGUGCCAGUAUUCUCGGUCACCUGUCUCACGUACUCCCUGCUUCACACAGGAAACUGCAAUUCUGACUUUCUCUGUGGCUCACUGGAGAAGGGUGGUCGCUCACCAAAGGUCAAAGGUCACCCUGCAGAGGAUGGCCGACGACUUCCACACCACGGCAGUCCUCAGGAGCUGCUUCUUAACAUGGGAGAAAAAGCGGGUGUUGAUUAGAGUAAGGCCAGACCCGGAGGCCCGGGCCCAGCUGGUGAGGAGGGCGGUUUGGCUGCGGAGGAGAGGAGAGAGACAGAGGACCCACAGCGCCUUCACCCUCUGGACAGCACGCCUCAGACAAAGCCAGGCCGUCAACGCCUUCUACACACACACCACGCUCACCAGGGUGUUUACGGCGUGGGAGCAAUGUGUCCACUCCCAGAGGGAGAUGAGCGCUCUAGCCCGGGCCCACCUCCACCAGAUGCUGCUUGGCCAAGCCCUGGCCCACUGGAGGGGGUCUGCCAUCCGCAGCCUGGAGUUCCGCAGGAGAGGCCAGGAGAGACUGGCGCUGGGGGCCAGAGAGAGUCUGCAGCGCUGGAGAGAUCAUACCCACAGGAUGCGUGAGCUGAGACAGCUACUGGGUCAGUAUGUGGAGAGUGAGAGAAGGGCAGCGAAGAGGAGAGCUCUACACACCUGGGUCCAGGCCACUGUGAAUGUCAGGAAAGCCCAAGACUUACACCAGCAGGCUUUCAUGAGCAGACUACUGCAGCAAUGGCACGCCCAGGCCCAACGCAGCGCCAGAGAGCAGAGUGCCAUCAUGGCCAUGAAGACGCAGAGGCACAGAAGAACUCUGCUUGCGGCUUUUACUUCCUGGAAGGAGCGUUUGCUCUACCAGCAGAGCUUAGCCAGGGCAGCAGCACGCCACUGGAGACAGAGGGCACUCGAAAGCAAGGCAGCCAGCCACCGCGUCACCUGUCUGACCUGGUGUUCCUUCACCCGGUGGAGAUGGGCGCUGCACAGACGGAGAGACAGGUGCCAGCGGGCGAGGGUGCUGGGUAGGGAGUGGGCGCGGCGCGCCAAACAGAGCGUGGAUGACCAGGAGAGGGCGAUGGAGCUCCUUCAGCAGAGACAGAGGAGAGACGUCACAGAGAGGUUCUACUACUGGAUCACAGCCCAUCAGUCCUCACUGACCAGUUUGGUAUUCCACAACCAGACUCUGUGCAAGAGGGUUUACCAGAGCUGGCAAGCCUACACCGGCCCUGCCCUAGCACGUAGGCACAAAGGUGCCAGGUUCCAUCUUGGCAGAGCCAGGAGGCUGGUGGCCCAGUGUUUUACCCACUGGAGGAGUGAGCUGGAGCAGGCUCGAAACAGACUGAAGGUCCUGGAGCAGAGACUGAAACACAUACACUUCAAACUCACUGCUGUCACCAUGAACCACUGGAGAACGGCCACUAGAGGGUGCAUAGUGAUCAAACACUUCAACAGAGGGACAAUACGUCAGUGUUUUGAUCACUGGAGGGAGAGGACACGCACAUCCAGAGCAGUCACUAUACUGUGUGUACAGAGAGAGAGGAGAGGGGCACGUGAAGUUCUGCUAUGCUGGUGGAAGUGGACCAAAGAGUCUAGAUGCCAGAGGCAGAUGGAGGAGGCAGUGUGGCUGUGGCUGGAGGGUCGCAGAGUGACCAGAGCCUUCCAACUGUGGCUCAGAGUCCACCAUCGCCACCAAGAGGCCUCACGGCUGGGCCGGGCUCACCUAAUGCGCAGGUCUUUUCAGGUCUGGCGAGGGGUAGUGAGGGAGAGCCGGUCAACUUUUCAGACGACGGAGUCACGGCUACGCACCCACCAGACCCAAUCAGCUUUCAGUGUCUGGAGGAGGCGCACCGUGUCCCAUAAUCUCUUAAGUGACCUGGUCCAGAGAACAAAAUCCAGGCAGAGGAGGAGUCUGCUGAGAUCAUCACUCCACACCUGGCACCAAGAGGUCCAGUUGUGUAAAAGACGAUCUCUACACCUCUCACAGAAGUACUUUGCCUGUUGGGUGAACAGAAUUGGCAUCAGACGCAUUGAAAGGAAGAAUCAGUUGGAGGCUAGACUGAGGGAGUGUCUACGGCGGUGGCGUUUAGGUGUGCUGCUGAAAAGAGCUCGGAGGAGACUCGCCCAGGUGUUGUGGGUCAGCUGGAGAGACCAGACCGCUGCUGCACUCCUACUCACAACCCUGCACACUGACCGACUGCAGCAGGGGGCGUGGCUGACUUGGAGGAAGAGACGCAUCAGAACCCGGGUGUCUGAGACCUUUGCCGCGCAACUGGACCACGCCCUCAUUGCGCAGGUGUUCAACAUGUGGCGGCAGAAGCAUGCUCUUCGCUCCACAGCGACCGACACGUGACCUACAGUAUAGGGAGAAGUAGCUGUCCACGCCUGUCCUCUGCUCCGUCAACCCUUGACCUCUUACCUCUCCCCCCCAACUCCUAGCCCCUAUAUGGUAGGGGAGACCACGAGUAGUGUGUGACUUUUCACCAUACUACCAGCACAGCACUUCAUAUUUCAAAAUAGAGGUUCACUUUUUGGUUUCUUGGGUCAAUGUCAUCUGGCAACAGUCAUUGCUCACAUUUCAAAUGUAUUGUUUUGAAAACAUGUGCCAACCAUUCUCAUAGAUGUUGGCUUUUACCUCCUUUUACCUCCUUUGACAUUGGAGAGCUCCUUUGAAUGUUCUUAGAAGUGGGGAAACUACUAACACGAGGGGAAACUAAUGAGAACAGCUUCGAGACAUAAUAGAUACACUGUUCAUAUGUCACACGAUUAAUCCUGGAAAGCAGCACACUGUGCGUGAGUGACACUAUUAUAACGAAUUUAACUCCGGUAUUUGAAAUUCUUUCACAAUAAAUACCAUUCUGUGUA